ACAGGUCCAAGUUAUAUGAAGUUUGUGUUCAAAGCGACCGAGUUUCCAUCUGAAGACUAUUAUGACUACAUAGUUGUGGGUGGUGGCACAGCUGGCUGUCCAUUGGCGGCGACAUUAUCGGAAAAGUACAAAGUUCUACUUCUUGAAAGAGGUGGUGUUCCAUAUGGAAGACCUAAUUUGAUGACCCAAGAAGGGUUUCUAACUGCACUCACUGAUAUUGAUGAUUUUGAGUCCCCUGCACAAGCAUUCACCUCUGAAGAUGGUGUUCCAAAUGCUCGAGGUCGAAUUCUUGGAGGUAGUAGUGCAAUUAAUGCAGGUUUUUACAGUAGGGCUGAUCAAGAUUUUUAUAUUAGGUCGGGGGUUAAUUGGGAUUUAAAAGUUGUUAAUCAAUCUUAUGAAUGGGUUGAGAAGGCUAUUGUGUUUAGGCCUGAACUCAAGAAUUGGCAAUCGGCUGUUAGAGAUGGGUUAGUAGAAGCUGGUAUUGAUCCCUUUAAUGGGUUUAGUUUGGAUCAUGUUAUUGGUACCAAGAUUGGUGGGUCCACAUUUGAUAGUUCGGGUCGUAGGCAUAGUGCUGCUGAUCUUCUUGACUAUGCAAAUCCUUCAAACAUUAAGGUGGCUGUGUAUGCUAGUGUGGAGAGGAUUCUGCUAGCUCCAAACUCAGCUUAUAUGCCGUCUAAGCAGGCUGCUAUUGGUGUGAUUUUUCAUGACCAGUCCGGGCGUUAUCACCACGCCAUGUUGCGUGGAAAAGGUGAAGUUUUAGUAUCUGCAGGAGCUCUUGGUAGCCCACAGUUGCUUCUAUUGAGUGGUGUUGGUUCAAGGCCUUACCUCUCUACAUGGGGUAUUCCUGUUGCUCAUCAUUUACCUUAUGUGGGGAGGUUUCUGUUUGAUAAUCCAAGAAAUGGGAUUUCAAUUGUGCCACCUAUGCCACUGGAACAUUCUUUGAUUCAAGUUGUAGGGAUCACUAAUUCAGGGGCCUAUUUGGAGGCUGCAUCUAAUGUAAUUCCGUUUGCUUCCCCUGCUAACUCUGUUUUUGUUAGGACGUCGCCUUCACCAGUUUAUCUGACAGUGGCCACCCUCAUGGAGAAGAUUGUUGGACCAGUUUCUUCAGGUUCACUUAGAUUGGCGUCGACAGAUGUUAAACUGAACCCUAUUGUUCGAUUCAAUUACUUUAGUAAUCCAGGAGAUGUAGAAAGGUGUGUCAAUGGCACAAGAAAGAUAGCGGAUGUGUUGAGAACCAGAACAAUGGAAAUUUUCAAGUUUGAUCAGUGGUUUGGUGGUAGGGAUUUUAGGUAUGUUGGUCCUGCUUUGCCUGUUGAUGAGUCAAAUGAUGAACUUAUGAGGGAGUUCUGCCAUCAGACAGUUAAUACCAUUUGGCACUAUCAUGGUGGCUGUGUUGUGGGGAAGGUAGUUGAUCAGAAUUUGAGAGUACUUGGCAUUGAUGGCCUCAGAGUUGUUGAUGGUUCAAUAUUCAGUGUGUCACCAGGGACCAAUCCCCAGGCUACUCUUCUUAUGCUUGGACGGUAUGUUGGUAUGGUGAUGCUCAGGGAGAGGUUCAGAUAGUCGCUGUUAUGUCAGUACGAGCUGCUUAGGGAGAGCACUUCAGAUAGUCCAUGUUGUGAGCUUAUUCUUUUUCUAAGCUAGUCAUCUUUUCUCCUUUUGCUGCUUUAUGGUCAUUGCUUCUGUUAGUGAUUUUUUUUCCAGGAACAAUUAGUCUAGUUGUAAUGUUGUUAAUUCAUUCGUUCUGUAAAUGCGCAAAGAGAAGUGCUUGUAGUACAUUAGAAAUGAUACUAUCGCUGUGGCACUUUUGGGUCACUUUAACAAUUUGAGGUAGCAGGCUACCUGAAGUUUCUGUACAUUUUCUUAAUCUGA